AUGCCGAAAGAUAUUAUUUCUGAAGUUAUCGAGGAUCAUAAUGUCAUAAAGGAUCUUAAUAGUCGAUAUAAUAAAGAGAUGGACGCUUGUGAAAAACAGAAGAUUGCUAAUACUAUUGUGAGAGAAAUCGCCGUUCACUCGGCCGCUGAGGAAAUUUGUGCAUAUCCACUGAUUGAGAAACACCUUAUCGAUGGAAAGAAGAUCGCUGAUAAAUCUCGUGAAGAACACUUACAACUCAAAAAGGAUUUAUAUGAACUUGACCAGAAAAAAGUUCAAGAUGAAGGAUAUGAAACUCUUCUAAAAAAGAUUUGUGAUGUUAAAAACGAAAUCUAUCCAAAACUCAAAGAUAGUUUGAAUGAGAAAAUUUUAAAGGAAGAGGGUGAGAAGUACGAAAAAACUCGUUCAACUGUUCCUACUCGUCCACAUCCAUCUGCUCCUGACCAGCCACCUCUUGAAACCGCCGCUGGAAUGGCACAAGCUCCGAUUGACAAAGGUCUCGAUUUGACACGUGAAUUUGUUAAAACUAUCCGUGAAUAG